AUGGCCUCACAAUUACCUACUCCGCCGCCCCCCGACGCCGACGACCCUCCGUCGGCCCCGAACUCCGACGCCCCUCCGUCGCCUCCACAGCUCCAGGUCUCCCUCCCAAACGAUAUCCUGGAGGAGAUCCUCCUCCGCCUCUCCACCGCGGCCGACCUCGCCCGCGCCUCCACCUCCUGCACCUCAUUUCGCCACGUCGUCGCUCCCCGCUCCUUCGCGCGCCGCUACCGCUCCCUCCACAAGGUCCCCGUGCUCGGCUUCCUCCGUGCUGACUUCUACGCCGCCCAGUCUCCGCACCCCUCCGCCCCGGCCGCCAACGCCCUCGCGCAGGCUGCCGACUUCGCCUUCAGCUUCCUCCCCAACCCCGCCUGCUGGAGCCCCCGUGACGUCCGCGACGGCCGCGUUCUCUUCUCCGCCGUCUCAGUCUCCGAAGGUCGUGGCGACUUCAUAGACGCCACCUCCAACACCUUCGUGGAUCUCGUGGUCUGUGAUCCCCUGUCCCGGCGCUACAUCCAGAUCCCACCCGUCCCUGAAGACCUAGCGGACUCCGUCCAGCACUGCGGCAUGUUAGAUUUCGAGCCCUUCUUUGCUCCGGCCAGUGACGACGUGCGGGAGGAUGAAUCGUCGUUCAAAGUGAUCUGCAAGGUGCUGUGCGAAAACAAGAUUGCUGUCUUCAUCUUCUCUUCACACACUGGUAAAUGGGUUAGUAUUCAACACCAUGGUUUGGGCGCUUUGUCCAAUGAAGUUGUGGAUGCAUUGUAUGCACGCUGUGGACUACAUCGGCGCCAUUAUGCACACGGUUGUUUCUGUUGGGUGUUAGAAUGGAUGGACAAACUGCUCAUGCUUGACACACGUGAGAUGAAAUUCACCAUUAUAGAUCUCCCGCCCAACAGUCAUGGGGGAAGGCUCGCCAUUGUGGAAGCAGGAGAAGGUAUGAUUGGGUUGUUAAAUAUUGGUAUGCGCACGUUAGACUUCUACUGUAAGGUUUGGCGAAACAAAAGUAAAGGCACCAAAGAGUGGCAGCACAGCACGAUAAACCAUCCGUUGCCCAAUUAUCACUGGUGCAUCAUAGGUGCGGAUGAGGAGUACUUACUCCUAAGAGGGAUUUCACUAGAUUGGCCCUGGUUUGGAAGCUCUUCACAGCAGAGACCGGAUAUAGAGUAUUUUGCAUUGGAACUCAAGACAUUCCUGCUUGAGAGGAUGUAUGUGUCAAAGAACAAAAUGAUGCAUGCUCACCUGUAUCGAGGCUUCCCGCCAUUAUUGUCUCCACCAAGCAUAUGA